AUGAAAUGGAAAAAGCAUCACAAAUGUAUCACAUUCACCCCCACACAGUAUGAAGCACUGGAGGCUCUGUUUGGCUACAAUAUGUUUCCAGACAAAAAUCUCCAGAGAAAACUGGGUUUAAAAUUCAACCUACCAGAGUCAACAAUAAAGAUCUGGUUCAGGAACUGGUGGUUCAAAAUGAGGAAGCAGCAGCAGCAACAGCAGCAGCAAUCACUCAAGCCACCAAACCAGACUCUUCCAGCCAAGAAGAUACCCACAGCAUCAACUAGCCCUCAUUAUUUUUUCCCUGAAGUUUCAGAUUCCUCUAGCUUCCUCUCAGUUCAACCCAUAGGCCAUUUCCAGUGGGCAGGGGACUCUAUCAUCACUGAGAGUCCUACAAGCGAUGUUCAAAUGCAAGAUCCUCAAUUGGAGAGACUAGUGGCCUCCAUUCCUGCUUUAUACUCUGAUGCCUAUGACACAGACCAAAAGGAACUGUACAGUUUUCCUGAUGAGGAUGAGAUAGACAGUUCUUCAUUCCACUCUCUGUAUCAGUAUCUCUCACCAACAAGGCCCAUGGAACAGAGUUCUUCUCUUAGCAUCUUUGCCAGCCCAGCUGUAGGUUUAUCUCCCAAGCAAACCUGGUUCAGCAUAAGCUGGAGCUUUGCAGCCUACAGUCUAAGAGACAGACUGGAAUUCCAGAAGCCCUCCAGUAUGGUGGACUUUCUCUGA